CAUGGCGCGGAUUCUGAUCGUCGGAGCCGGGCUGGCAGGUAGCCUGUGCGCUGCGCUUUUGCGCGCCGAGUUUCCCCAGCACCUCCUGCGAGUCGUGGUUUGGGAUAAGGCGCAGGGCGCAGGGGGAAGAAUGUCGACGAGCCGCAGCGCUCGCGAUCCGAAAUGCACGGCCGACCUGGGCGCCCAGUACAUCUCGCGGACGCCCAGCUACGCGAAGGCGCAUCAGAGCUUUUAUGAAGAUUUGUUGUCUCAUGGAGUCCUGAAGCCAUUGACUGCCCCAGUAAAAGGAAUGGUGGUAAAGGAAGGAGUAGAUAAUUUUGUGACACCCCAAGGAAUUUCAUCCAUUGUUAAACAUUACUUAAAUAAGGCAGACGCAGAUGUCUUCUACAAUCACCAUGUUACCCAGAUCUGCCUCAAAGAUGGAAAAUGGGAAGUGGGCACCAGUACAGGCUCUUCUGACUGCUUUGAUACAGUUAUUCUCACAAUGCCUGUCCCACAGAUUCUUCAUCUUCAAGGGGAUAUUGCAACCAUAAUUAACAAAGGUUGGAGGCAGCAGCUGGAAUCUGUGAGCUAUUCCUCUCGCUAUGCUCUGGGCCUUUUCUAUGAAGCUGGCACCCAGUUUGAUGCUCCUUGGGCGGUACAAUACAUCUCCAAUAAUCCCUGCAUAUGCUUCGUCUCCAUUGAUAAUAAGAAGCGUGAAAUAGGUCAGUUUCCAUUACUCCUUACAAACAAAGUAAGAAUGGAGGGUGUGGAUCAUGGCCAGAGGGAAGGAACCUCUCUAAUGUUAAUGUGGUAUGUACCUGCUGUACCUUCUGAAUGCCUUUCAAAAACAGUCCAUGGGAAAUGUACAGUAAUGCUAAUGGGAGAUGAAUUGGACAGGAGUUAUUGCAGUUAA